AUGUCUGAUACCAAAGCCGUUGUGAAGAGUGUGGAUAUGAGUGAGGAGAUGCAACAAGAGGCUAUCGAAUGCUCGACACAAGCCUUGGAAAAGUACAAUAUUGAGAAGGAUAUUGCAGCACACAUUAAGCGUGAAUUUGAUCGCAAAUAUGGACCUACCUGGCACUGUGUUGUUGGCCGCAAUUUUGGUAGUUUUGUCACUCAUGAAUCCAAGCAUUUCAUCUACUUUUACCAUGGUCAAAUCGCUAUUCUUUUGUUUAAAUCUGCUUAA